GAACUCUGUCUCUGUGUGUGUGAGAGAGAGAGACCCAAACCCCAACUCUGUCUUUGGGUCUAUCACCGGAACCUUGCCCAAUUACCCUUUCAAAUUCGAAUGCCGUUUUAACCCUCUCCCUUAUAACUCCUUCAUUCUAAGCCCGCCUCUGGCGUCUCUCCCUCUUUGACCACCUCGGUCACUCCCCACAUUGCCUUGACCACAUCCACAACCUCCAUUUCUGACCAAGAAACCUCCUUUCAAGCGUUUCAUCUAACACUUCUGUUGCAAUUUUCUCAAAAAUGGAUAUACAACCCAAAAAGACUGAAAAUUUUGAGGGUGAUUCUGUCACUAGCUCCAUUAAAGAUCUGAUCUUGAAUGAUGGUGUUACUGUCAGCUUUUCUAGUAGUGUGAUUUCUGGGUCUGAUUCUAGAGUUAGCAGUAGCAGUACUAGCAUUGGCACCAGCAGUUUUCAGGAUCUUAGGCUGAAUAACAGCGUCAACUUAAGCAUGUGUACCACUAGUACUAAGAUUUCUGGGUCUGAAAACAGCAAUAGUUUUAGUAGCAAUGUUAGUAAUGCUACUAUUGAAGCAAACAAGACGGUGGACUCUAGCGUUGACUGUGAAGAGAGUGAAAAUAGUAGCUUUGAUGCAAAUGAGUGUAGUUUUAGAAGCUACUGCCCUUCAAAGCCGCAUAGAGGCAAUGAUGUUAGAUGGGAUGCCAUACAGAGCGUUAAAGGUAAAGAUCGGGACUUGGGGUUGGGUCAUUUUAGGCUUUUGAAAAAGUUAGGCUGUGGAGAUAUAGGGAGUGUUUAUUUGGCUGAGUUGAGAGGGAUGGGGUGUUUGUUUGCUAUAAAGGUGAUGGAUAAAGGGAUGUUAGCUGGGAGAAAGAAGUUGAUGAGGGCACAGACUGAGAGAGAGAUAUUAGGUUUGCUAGAUCAUCCAUUUUUACCUACCCUCUAUUCGCAUUUUGAGACAGAGAAGUUUUCUUGCUUGUUGAUGGAAUUUUGUAGUGGUGGGGAUCUUCAUAUCCUGAGGCAGAGACAGCCUAGCAAGCAUUUCUCUGAACCAGCUGCCAGGUUCUAUGCCUCAGAAGUGCUUCUGGCCCUUGAGUAUCUGCAUAUGAUGGGCGUGGUGUACAGGGAUUUGAAGCCUGAAAAUGUAUUGGUAAGGGAGGACGGCCAUAUAAUGCUAUCCGACUUUGAUUUGUCAUUAAGAUGUUUUGUCAACCCUAUGCUUGUGCAGUCUGGCACAGAGCCAUCUUGUAUAAUCUCUGCAUACUGCAUUCAACCCGCAUGCAUUGAUCCAGCCUGCAAAGUACCAGUAUGCGUAGAACCUUCUUGUUUGCAACCAUCUUGCUUUAAGCCUCGUUUCUUCAGCUCCAAAACAUCCAAAGUGAAAAGUGAAAGAACAAGUUUGGCAAAUUCAGAUUCACUUCCUGUACUUGUUGCAGAGCCAACUAAUGCCCGCUCCAUGUCAUUUGUUGGGACACAUGAAUAUUUAGCUCCUGAGAUAAUAAGAGGAGAUGGUCAUGGGAGUGCAGUUGAUUGGUGGACAUUUGGCAUUUUUCUAUAUGAACUACUGCUAGGGAGAACACCAUUUAAAGGCAAUGGCAACCGAGAAACAUUGUUCAAUGUGGUUGGUCAGUCCCUAAAAUUUCCAGAGGGAUCUCCUCUCAGUUUUGCUGCUAAGGAUUUAAUCCGUGGUCUUCUUUUAAAGGACCCACAGAAGAGAUUAGGCUUCAAAAGAGGUGCCACAGAGAUCAAGCAGCAUCCUUUCUUUGAAAGUGUUAACUGGGCACUCAUCCGCAGCACGCACCCUCCUGAAAUCCCUAAACCUGUAGAUCUUUCAUUCUUAAAGCACACGCUAAAGUCAUCCUUGCCUUCAAAUGAUAAGGGAGCCACAGACUCAGAAAAGUCAUCAAGUCCUUACUUAGAUUUUGAAUUUUUCUAACAAUUCUUUGCCAGGAAGUAGAACUCAAUAGCGGCAAUCUUAAGAUGCUUGUCUUACAUUGUUCAUGCGAAUUUAUGAGCUCAAUGAAAAUCUUCUAAUCUU